AUGGCUACCACCAGUGCUACUCAGGAAACUCAUUUAUUUGCAGCCCAAUCAUUUAUGAGAAUAUUAGUGAGUCAGAACAAGUUGGGGUUUCUUCGAGAAAGCAACAAAAGUACACACAUUCCUGGUUCAAAAAGUUUCGCAAGGAAAGAAAAAGAAAUGGAGCUUAGAAGUGGAAAGAUAAUAGGACGGUUUGAGUUUUUCAAAGCGACCCAUACUAGAAAAGAUUUGAAUAAAGAGACAGAAGACAUUAUGGAAAAGGCAAAUGGAAAACUAGCUGAAUAUGAAUCAAUAGAUGGAGAUGAGGGAAUGUUUAAAACAGAAAUUUUGACUCAAGUUAUUGGAAAAGAGCGACAUGGCCGAGUAAGAGGGCUUGGAUUGGGUCCUGCACCUACAAAAUAUUACGGCCAUUUCGGUGGUCGUCGUCUCGCAACAUGUGGUGGCCAUUCAUCUGAGUGUAUAGAUCUUCGCCAACAGAUGGAUGAAAAGUUCCAAAAGAUGGAAGAUGAGCUUAGGCAAGAACAUGCUAAUUACAACGCUCUUUAUACUUUCUUGCAACAUCAAUUCCCAGGAGCGCCUAUCCCCCUGCCUAGCAUAGGUGGAUCAUCUUCUCAAUCGCAGAAUCAGGCUUCUCGAGAACAUUGA